UAAUCAUGGCGAGAAGAAAAAGAAAAAUCGCGUCUUUAAGAAGAGGAUUGUCUAGACAGAGAAGAAAGAAGAUAGAGGGAGAAAAUGGGUCGAGGAAGGAGGCGGCAAAUUUUGAUAGCUUUGGGGCUGGUAAUGCUGAUGGGUAUUGCCGUCUACUUGAGGCUCUGGACUAUUGAUUAUCGUAUUUCUUCCAGUGAAACCGAAUUAUUAAGAAAACAAUUUGAUCUUGCUAAUAGAGAAGCUAUGGAUGAAUCUGCGGAGUGGAGACAGAGAUUUGAUGCAGAGGUAGAGAAGACCAGCACGUGCUAUAAGGAUCUGUCGGAAAUUAAGGAAUCUCUUAGACACAAAGCAGGGGACUCUGUUGGGCUUAAAAAGAAAUUGGAAAUACUGCAAAAGGAAAACAUGGAUUUGCUUGAACGAGUUGAAUCUUUGAAGCAAGAACUCGAAUCUGAGAAGUUGAAGUGCAGCAUGCGGCAGAUAUAGCCGAUCGGAUGUUUGUUCUGGAAGAUCAUCUAUCUGAUGUCAUAUAUCUCUUCGUGCCUUCACGAGAUUGAUGAAUUGCCUUUUUCGGAUAAACUGGAUUCUUGAGAUAAGUAUAUCUUAAUUACAAUAACAUAUAUUUCCCAAAAAACGUGCAUGUAUUUUGGCUUUUUUGGUCACCAGCUCUUUGGUGCUAAAGUAGUUUGAGGAAGCAACUUUAUUCUGCACACAAGGAUCAAUUGGAGUUCCAAGCCUUUUCAGAGACUUUAACAGGCAAAAAAAUGGUCUCACGUUCUGCAUUUCUGUUGAAGGAAGGCUCUUCUGUUUCUUUAUGUUGUGACAUUGUAGUGCUAUCUUGUUGAAGGAGUAGAAAUAGAGAAUCCAUUAGUUGGCUGAAUAUGUAAAAUGUCAGUAUGUUUCUAUCCUCACGAAUACGGUUCAAUCUAACAUGAUGUAUGAAAAAUUGUUGGUGAAGUUACAUUAAUCUGCAAAUUACUUGUAUGCCA